AUGAACACCAAAUAUGACCCAGCGCAGGUCACGCAUCCUCUCGAGCUGGCCCAGCACGCCGCCUUGGUCGGUGGAGCCUCUGCAAUUCCCGGUACGGUGAUUGGCGCCUUUUACGGCACUCUGCGCACACAGACACCCAUUUUGUUCUCCCUGGCAUCAGGAGCGCAAUGGUUUGCUCUCGGAACCACCUUCUGGGGCUUCCGCGCCUCCAUCCUCAACCACAGCGGCCUCUUAAACUGGUGGAACAUAACCCGCGGUGCACCCAUUCACCCCCGGAAUGAUCUCAACCCUUCCAGCUCGGAUAAAGUCCGCGCCUCAGCCAUUGCUGGUGGAUCCACAGGCUUCACCUUAGGUUUUCUCUUCAGAGGUCCCCGUAACGUUAUCCCCGGCACGCUCAUGUUCAGCACGCUGGGCUGGCUCGGCCAGCAUGGCUACAAUUACCUCGAUGAUAGGCACUCUGGCCAACUCCGCGAGGAAGCAGAGCUGAAAGCUCGCGGUGAAGAAAAGCCCAAAGAGACGCUCAUGGACAAGAUUGCAAAGAGCAAGUGGAGUCCCAUGCAGGUGCUGACUGAUGAAGACUACGACAAGCUGAUGCAGGAGAAGCUGUUACGCGUUGAGGCGGAGAUUGCCGUCAUCGACGACAAGAUUGAGGCUUUGAGGAAGGAGGCUGCGCAGAUGGAGGCUCAGCGCCAAGUAAAGGCCACACAAGAACAGGAGAAAUCGUCGAAAUGA